AUGGUGCUGUUCCUAAGUUUAAUUCUUGUAUUUGGCUCCCUACACUGUGCCAAUGGAGGGGGACUCGAAGUCGUUUUCCAGUGGAAAUACUUGGACUGGGCCUGGCCGAAUAUUCCCUUAACGGGGAAAAACUUCACGCUGGGCAAUGCCUUCACGCAAGAUGUAGACAUUGAUAGGUACGGCCGUGUAUUUGUCACGAGUCCACAAUGGUUGGAAGGUGUACCGAUCACACUAUCCUUGGUGACAACUUCUUCGGGACAUGGUGGCCCUUUACUGAUUCCAUAUCCCGACUGGACCUGGUUCAAACCCUUCAACUGCGACAACCUAAUAUCUGUUUAUAGAUUGGCGAUAGACGAAUGCAAUCGUUUGUGGGUCGUGGAUACUGGCCGCAUCGGUGGAAAUGCCGUUUGUCCUGUGAAAAUACUGAUUUUCGAUCUUGCAACCGAUCAAUUGGUUCAUAAAUACGUAGUUCCGGAUGAUCAAGCAUUGUACGGGAAGGCAGCAUUCGUUACACCGAUCGUCGAUGUCGGAAAAACAUGUCUCGAUACUUAUCUAUACGUAGCGGACGUGGAUCAAAAUGGGUUACUGAUUUAUGACUUAUAUCACGAUCAUUCAUGGCGGGUAAACAAUACUCGCGGCAACGCUUUCGGUCCGGACGACGAUGCCAUGAAUAUCACGAUCGCUGGCGAAUCAUUUGAUUUAACUGACGGUACUCUGGGAAUGUCAUUGUCGCCGUAUGGAUUUUAUAAUGAAAGGUAUUUGUACUUCAACUCUUUGGCUAGUUUUCUUCAAAAAUUUACAAAUGUGACUUCUUUAAAGUUAAGUCAAUACAACGAACCAAUAAUAUAUGAAUCCAACUACAAACGAGCAAGCCAGGCAGGUGUUCAAGCAACUUCUCGGAAAGGUGUAAUAUUUUUCCAACUAGUUCAACUAACCGCCAUCGCCUGCUGGAACAUUGAGAAACCAUUCGCACCUGAGAACAUAGUGAUAAUUGCUCAAGACGUGGCAACGCUGCAAUACGUCAGUGGUAUCAAAGUAAUCACGAAUAACCGCGGUGAAGAAGAAUUGUGGUUUAACACAAAUAGAUUACAAAAGACGAUAAAUAUGACACUUAAACCUAGUGAAACGAAUUUCCGUAUAAUCAGAGGACGAGUAGAUGAUAUUAUUAGGGGUACAAAUUGUGAACCCACUGGAAUGAGAAAUGUCAGUCCGGAUACUACAUUCUGGCAUAAGAUAUAAAUUAAAUAUGGCGUAUAUCUUAAUCAAGUACACCUCAAGAGUUCCUCCGUCUACUGCUUCACGCAGCCCACAAAAAUCUGUGAACGCCGAAAAUCAGUACCUUUGGUGCGUAAAAAGUCUAAUAAUCGAGCAAGAAUUUAUUAUUAAUA